AAAUAUAAAUAAAAUAAAAAAUGUUUUUUAUAUUAUGUGCUAUAAUAGUUGUAUAUGUGAUAUAUGGACUACUCAUCUCCAUGCGAAGACCAAAGAACUUUCCGCCAGGGCCCGCUUUUCUACCCUACGUGGGCAAUACGCUGCAGUUUCGACGUGAGGCGCGUGCAGCUGGAGGACAGCACAAGCUCUUUGAGCAAUGGUCGGAGCGCUAUCAAAGCCAACUACUGGGCUUGAAGCUGGGACAGGAGUACGUGGUGGUAGCGCUCGGUCAUGAGCUGGUGCGCGAGGUGCAGCUGCAGGAGGUGUUUGAGGGCCGACCGGACAAUUUCUUUUUGCGUCUGCGUACCAUGGGCACUCGCAAGGGCAUAACCUGCACGGACGGUAAGCUUUGGUAUGAGCAUCGUCACUUUGCAAUGAAGCAAAUGCGCAAUGUGGGCUACGGUCGCACACAGAUGGAGCAGCAGAUAGAACACGAGGCGGAGGCCCUGCUGCAGCAGCUGAGUCGAACAGCAGCGGCGCCUAUAGAGCCGGUCAAUUGGUUGGCACAGAGUGUUCUUAAUGUCCUCUGGUGUCUUAUAGCAGGCGAGCGAAUUGCCAGCGACGAGGACAGCACAUUGCGUCGACUAUUAGAGCUAAUGAAUCGUCGUUCCAGACUGUUUGAUAUAUCUGGUGGCUUGCUGGCGCAGUAUCCCUGGCUGCGCUUUGUGGCGCCAAAACGUACAGGUUACAAUCUAAUAAGGCAAUUGAACAGCGAGCUGUAUGGUUUUUUUAUGGAGACUAUUGGCGAGCAUAGACGUCAGUUGCAGCUGUGCCAGGAGCGCAAGCAAGAUCCGCCAGAGAAUGAUCUGAUCUACGCAUAUUUGCUGGAGAUGCAAAGCCAAACGGAUGUGAAUAGCACCUUUAAUGAAACUCAAUUGGUCAUGACCAUAUUGGAUUAUUUUAUAGCUGGCUCACAGACUACCAGCAAUACCAUCAAUCUGGCCUUAAUGGUAUUGGCCAUGCGGCAGGAUUUGCAGCAGCAGCUGCAUGCAGAGUUGUCGGCCAAUCUGCACAGCAAUGACGACUCCGUUGCUUUUCCACAUCUCAGUCGACGCGAGAGCUUCCAUCAUAUGGAAGCUUUUAUUAUGGAAGUGCAGCGUUUCUUUCACAUUACGCCCAUAACGGGUCCACGGCGUGCACUCUGGUCCACAAAACUAGGAGGCUAUGAUAUACCCGAGAAUACCACCAUAUUGAUCAGUCUGCGUUCUGUGCAUCUGGAUGAGCAGCACUGGUCAAAGCCACAUGAAUUUCAACCGUCAAGGUUUAUCGACGAGUCCGGCAAGUGCCGCAAGGAUGAAUACUUUAUGCCCUUCGGCCUGGGAAGGCGACGCUGCUUGGGUGAUGCACUGGCGCGAGCCUGCAUCUUUUCGUUUCUGGUAAGAAUCGUACAGCAUUUUCAUAUUGUGUUGCCCAAGGGCGAGACGCCCUCGUUGGUGCUGCAGCCGGGCAUUACACUUACACCCAAGCCCUACAAAGUCCAGUUUGUUAAGCGUUAAGGCCUUACAAUUAUAGCUUAUGAAUAUUAAAACUAUUUUUGUAUAUAUUAUUUAAUUCUGUUCCGAUUUCUUGU